GGAACUAGUUUUUUUGCUUUUUUAACAGUGGAACUCAUGUGAGCGAAGCAGACCAGAAAAUCAGAAGGAGGAGCUUAUUUAACAUAUGUGUGAGAAAUUGGUGUAAACACCGGGAGGAGCAGAACAAAAACCCUAGCUCCUAACCAAUCAGAACUUGGCAGCUCCCAUGCUCAUGUUUAUAAAUCGUUCAAAAAAUUAUUCUGCUCGAUCAUGAACAUCACAAAUAUGUCUGUCCAACUGAAGAGAAAGAUGAAUUUCUUCAUAGUGAUUCUCGGGAUUUGGCUUCUUCCAAAGGCUGAGGCUCUGAAGUGUUACCAGUGCAUGAAUUCAGAUCCUGAGGGCUGCACUGACCAAGAAGUAGAAUGUCCUUCAGAGAAUCAUCAGUGUGCUUCAGUGUUUCUCAAAGGUGGUUCACCAAGUGAGAAAAUUCAGAUGAAGGGUUGUGUCUUACCUGAAGAGUGUAACGAGUAUUCAGCUAUCUAUGGAGAGGAAAAGAGACUUCGUAUUUCCAAGUGCUGCAACUCAGACCUCUGCAACACUGAACCUGUCCCUGAACCCAGCGAACCCGUUCCAAAUGGCUUACAAUGCUUUGGCUGUGUUGGAGAUGACUGUGACAGAACUGUGAAUUGUGAGGGGAUCGAGGAUCACUGUUUUACAGAAACAGGUAAUCUGCGUCUUUUGUUCUUUUUAAAGAUUAAAGUAUGAUUACAUGUAAAAUUGAAAAUUAAAUCUAAUUUUAAUUUAU